AUGAAGACAACCAUUAUCACCGCCCUCGCCUCCCUCGCCCUCGUCUCCGCGACCCCAACUCCCCUCAGCCUAGAAGCUCGUGCACCUCCCAACAUCCCCACCAAAGCGCAAGCAGAGUCUCAACUCGCCGGACUCACCGUCAGAGCUCAAGGUCCUCAGACUGGUUACUCACGUGACCUGUUUCCUCACUGGAUCAACCAGUCGGGUUCCUGCAACACCCGCGAGGUCGUCCUACAGCGCGAUGGAACUGGUGUUGUCACGGAUUCUUCGUGUGCAGCGACUUCGGGACGUUGGGUUAGUCCCUUUGAUGGAGCUACUUGGACGGCGGCGAGCGAUGUGGACAUCGAUCACAUGGUGCCAUUGAGUAACGCGUGGAAGUCUGGAGCAGCCAGCUGGACCACUGCACGUCGCCAGCAAUUCGCCAAUGACUUGACCAACCCUCAACUCAUUGCCGUUACGGACGACGUCAACCAGGCCAAGGGUGACAAGGGUCCCGAGGACUGGAAGCCUCCGCUAACAAGCUACUACUGUACCUACUCGAGAAUGUGGAUCAAGGUCAAGAGCGAGUGGGACUUGACAAUUACAAGUGCGGAGAAGACGGCGUUGGAGAGCAUGUUGAGCAGCUGCUGA